UUUGUAUCUGUUUCAUUCAUUUCAUUUUCAUUUCACUUUCAAUAUACCAACAAAUUUCUAACUACCCCUUUUCCAUUUUUCUGGGUUUACUCACUAUCUUUGAAGAAGAAGAAGAUAACACAAAGCUUUCAUUUCAACCUUCACAAAUGGAACUACUUGGAUGUUGAGGUGUUCUUGUAAUUGCUGAGAGGUUAUAGUUUCUAUAGUUGAAUGAUGGAUAUUGUUGAGGCUACUCAUAAGCCAAAGUUUUGUGUUGGUGAUGAAGAAUACUUAAAUUUUAAAUGGCUUGCAUCAUUCGAUAAAAAUACAUCGCAAUCGGCUUCUCGUGAAGAUGAUGAUGAUGAUGCUUUAUCAGCAAGGUUUCAUAAGAAGAGGGAUACAACUACACUGUCAGUUAAGAGGGUAUUCGAUGACAACAAUUCCUUGUGUGGUUCGAUGAAGAAAUCCAAGGUGUCUCCAACACCAUAUGAUGAUGAUGAUGAUGAUGAUGAUGAUGAUGAUGAUGAUGAUGAUGACGACGACGACAUGUCAACUGAUAAAUCAUUUUCCACACUCAAAGAAAAACUUGUGUUGGUAGAAAAAUCAUUUGAGGAUAUCAGAAGCAAGACACAAGUAGAAGAGAGGAGAUUGCAGUCCAUAAAGAGAGAUAUUGAGGAGUGCUGCGAAGAUCUUGAAAAUAAGAAAAAGGAAAUUAGGGAUGUUGGAAGAAUUAUCGAAGCUCGCAAGAAAAUGCAGGGAAAAAUUGACGAAUGUGUCAAGGAUUUUGUAGCAAAGGAAGGGCAGCUCGGUUUGAUGGAGGACUUGAUUGGAGAGCACAAGAAAGAACUAAAGACAAAAGAGUUGGAACUUCGUCAAGUCAUGGAUAACAUUUCAAAACAAAAGGAAUUGGAAAGCCAAGUGAAGGAGCUGGUGAAUGAUUUGGUAUCAAAACAGAAGCAUUUCGAAAGCCAUAUUAAGGAGCUUGAGUCGAAAGAGAGGCAACUUGAAGGCCGAUUGAAGGAGCAUGAAUUGGAAGAAAAAGAAUUUGAAGGCCGGAUGAAUGAGCUGGAAUCUAAAGAGAGGCAUUUCAAAAGCGAGGUGGAGGAGAUCAAUGCAAAAUUGAUGCCAUUGAAAGGACAAAUUAAGGAACUUGCCUCUAAAGAGAAGCAACUGAAUGGCCAAGUGAAGGAGCUGGAAUCUAAAAAGAACCAGUUUGAGAACCGAAUCAAGGAGCUUGAGUCAAAAGAGAAGCAGCAUGAAGGCCGGGUGAAGGAGCAUGCAUCAAAAGAGAGAGAAUUUGAAAGCCAAGUGAUGGAGCAGCAAUUUAAAAAGAAACUGUUUGAAAUCCAAGUCAAGGCGUUAGAGUCAAAAGAAAACCAACUUGUAGACCAAAUGAAGGAGUUUAAAUCAAAAGAGAUGGAAUUUGAAGGCCAAAUGAAGGAAAUGGUAUUGAAUCAAAACCAUUUUGAUAGCCGAAUGAUGGAUCUUGAGUCAAAAGUGAAGGAGCAUGAAUUGAAAGAGAAGGAAUUUGAAGGUCGCAUGAAGGAGUUUGAAUCAAAAAAGAAGGGAUUUGCAGGCCGACUGAAGGAUCUGGUGAAUAACCUGGUAUCGAAACAAAAGCAUCUGGAAAACCAAGCGAAAGAGCUUCAUUCAAAAGAGAAACAACAUGAAGGCCGGGUGAUGGAGCAUGAAUCAAAAGUGAGAGAAUUUGAAGUUAAAAUGAUGGAUCUAGAAUCUAAAAUGAAGCAGUUUGAAAGCCAAGUGGAGGAGCUUAAAUCAAAAGAGAGGCAUAGUCAAGGACAAUUUAAAGAACUUGAGUCUAAAGAGAAGAAACUUGAUGGCCGACUGAAGGAGUUAAAGUUAAAAGAGGAUGAAUUUGAAGGCAGGGUGAAGGAACUCGAAUCUGAAAAGAAGCAUUUUGAGAGCCGACAGAAGCAGCUUGAAACACAAGAAAAGCAAUAUGAAGAACAAAUGAAGGAGUUCCAGUCAAAAGAAGAGGAAUUCAAAGUACACGUGAAGGAUUUUGAAUCAAAGGAUGAGGAGUUCGAAGAUCAAGUUAAGGAGCUCAAAUCAAAAAAGAAGCAAUUCGAAAACCAAGUUGAGGAUUUCAAAUCAAAAGAGAAGCAACUUGAAAGCCAAGUCGAGGAUUACAAAUCAAAAGAGAAGCAAAUUGAAGAACGGUGGAAAGAACUCGAGUCAAAAGAGAAUAAGUUCAAAGUACUGGUCAAAGAGCUCAAGUUAAAAGAAGGACAGAUCAAGGAUCCUGGUUCAAAGCUGGAUAAAUUUGAUGGACAAUUGAAGGAGCCUGAACUGACAGAGAAACAAUUUGAAUCAUUGAUAAACUAUUUUGAUGAGGAAAAAGAAUCGGUUGCAUCUAACACGGAUGAUCAAUUAAGUCCAACCAUUGAUGGAACAAGUUUGCAGUUGCUCCCAAGUGAUGAAACUGUCAUUCUAGUUAAUCUGCAAGAAUCAUCAGAUCCAGCAAAAGUUGUUUUGGAUAUAAUACAGAAGCCAAUUAUUCCACGGUGUAAGAAUGGAGAACAUGCUGUGAUUAUUGAUGAUGGCUGCAUCUUUCUGCUAGAACAACUGAUGAGAAUCUCACCGAAGAUUAAACCUGAUGUAAGAGAAGAAGCAUUGAAGCUAGCACUUAAUCUGAAAGCUAACAUGAAAAAUACUGAAAAUUCUCUGGUGGUUCUCGGUUUUCUACUGAUUUUGUCAGUUUAUGAAUUGCUUACUUAUUUUGAUGAAGAUGAAGUCUUGGAGCUUUUCACAUUUGUUGCUCAGCACAAGACAGCUGUGGAACUGUUUAAGACCCUGGGUUUUGCAAAUAAACUUUCAGAAUUUGUUGAAGAUCUUAUCAGGAAGAAGCAAUUUGUUGUGCUUACUGCUUGGCUGAGAAGAAUAAAAAAGUUUUUGUGCUAGAAAAAGCUAAUGUAAAAUAAUGUGGUAAUGGAAACCUGCUAAAUAAUGUGUACUUUGGUAGGACUCUCUUUCUUUUUAAAAUCUCUAAUUGUAAAGUUUGAAAAAUCAUAUGACAAAUUUAACAGGACUAUCUCUCGGCUUCUUAAUCUUCCUUUCUAUCAUAUUUUAAUUUUCCA